AUGAAGACCUCCGCUGUCGUCGCUUCCGUUCUCGCCGUGGCUGGCUCCGCUGCUGCCGCCGCCACUCCCUUCCGCUUGCUGGCUCUUUCGAAGGGUGCCUCUUUCGACGGCGAAUUCGUCCGCGGCACCAAGGGCAGGUUCCUGCUUGGUGCCAAGCAGACCAACACCACCUGCGGCACCAACACCGCUCCCACCUUUGUCAACACCAACGGCACCAUCACGACUUACGGAAACGGCAUGGUCGCCGACCAGAUGGUCUACAUCGACAACGCCGGCGCUGCGGGCGGCAUCCUCUCGUACAAGAACUACCCGUACAACCUCACGGCCGACGACUCGAUCAUCGGCUUCUCCCAGAGCACCACCGACGACGUCCAGCACCUGCUCUACAAGACGUCGACUUGGCUGGCGUGCCCCAGCGAGGAGGACAAGGUCUACAGCGUCUACUCCGAGGCCGCCUACGCCAAGGAGACGGGCAAGCAGGAGUGCAUCCCCUUCGAGAUUGCCACCCAGGAGACCGAGAAGCCCCAGAUCUGCCAGAUGACCUAA